AAUGGGGGGAGGAGAUUUUGUGCCGACUGAGAGGGAACCGCACGGGAGGAAAUCAGAAUCUCGGCAUGGUUUUAUACGUCGGGUUAGGCUUUUUGUGUCGGUGAUGCGUUGAUGUCUGCUUAGUUUGAACGUGAACGCCACAACGGACGGUUGGGCUUUCAUCGUCUUCGCCGACUGGUUGGUUGUUGCGGAAAGAGACAGACAGUGUGAAAGAACAAGAAAGAUAGAGCGAGAGGUUCGAGCCGUACGAUAGCCCGUACGUGCUAACAGCAUCUUCGAUAACGGAUUACAGUAGGCAGUAGGUAGCUCAUUCGCCUUAUUCCACCGAAGAAGAGCGCCUUCCCUUUAUUUCGCACGAACGAAAAAAACACACAUACACACACACAAUCAACCCGCCGCGUCCUCGCUGUACGGCUAGCGUAGCGAAAGGUCCACUACCACUGCGGAUUUUUGGUGAGAAAAGCCAAAAAGGGUUCCAGAGGGGUGGUGGGACCAGGCAGUACCGGUGUCACCAGGAAAAAAGGGUGUGACUCAGCGAUCAAUCCCGGCCAUUCGGAAGGAGGAAUUCUCUUCGGCGCUAGCUGAAUAUCAGUAAAUAAAUCCAGGAGACUAGACAACGUCCACACUACUACUGUACAGAGGUACCAACGAUCAUCUUAUACGAAGACAAGCAAACAUCACAGUUCAACGCUCAGGAUGAUUAUCAGGAGUUCGGGCCUGUUUGGGCUCGACCACCACACGAUGGUUUAUUUAAUAAUAGCAAUAGCAUUAACUCUGGUACCAGCGUCUAACAGCGCCCCGAUGUAUGAAAGUGAUCAGACAGAAUUGGAAAACUACGGCGAAUCGACUGGAUGCUACUACAACUACAAUCAUUACGGCGAGGGCGACCGUAUCAUGACGAACGAACCCUGCCUGAACUGCACAUGUCACGAUCGCAUGCUGAUGUGCUAUCUGCGCGUCUGCCCGUUCACGAAGGCGAUCGGGCAGGACUGCACGAUUGAGAAGCGGGAAGACCAGUGCUGUCCGGUCAUCACCUGCCCGGAGGUAGAAGUGCAGCUGCUCGAUCAUCAGACGACGGCAAAUCCCGCCCUCGGUGCCACCUCAUCCAGUGAGGUCGGUGCGCCCGAUCAGUACGGUUGCUCGAUCAAUGGACGCUUCUAUCCGGAAGGAGCUCAAGUGCCAUCAAAUCCACAAAAACCUUGUGAGCUGUGUUACUGUAUCCGCAACAUGACGACCUGUGUGAUGCAGGAGUGUACACUGCACAUCGACGGUUGCCAACCGAUCUACAACAAGGGUGUCUGCUGUCCAGUGAAAUACGAUUGCGAUCACGAUAAAGAUUCGACCCCGAUGUUGGAUGACGAAAGCACUACAACGGUGCGCCCAACACCUGGAUUCAUCCUCACCACGACGGUAUCGCCAUCGGUAUCGACGGAUUGUGUACACAACGGCGAAACGUACGCGGAUGGUGCGCUGAUCAUGACGGACAAACCGUGCGAGCACUGCUACUGCAUGCGCGGUGACAUCGUGUGCGCCGUACAGGAGUGUGGCACUCCUCUGGAGAAUGAAGGCAAGAACUGUACCGCACUGCCACCGGCCGUAGGACAAUGCUGUCCAGACAAAUACAUCUGCGAUGGUAGUGCUGCCGCCAUGCUGACGACCACCGUGCCCAGUAUUCCAACACCGGCCGAUGACGAUGCUGAUGAUGCACAGGAGAAGGACGAAGAUCAGCAGCAGUAUGACGAUAAGAAAUCUACAAAAUCUGAACAGGAAUCGGUACCGACUCAGACCACUCAGGCCACGCAGGAAAGUAGCACAACAAUGGCACCCAUGGGACAGAAGGUUCCGGAUGUAGUGCCGGCUGAUGAUGAUGAGGACGACGAGCAACAACAGCAGGAACAUGUGGCACCACAGUUCGAGGACGUCCAGACGGACGAUAGCCACGAAGAGGAUGAUGAACAGGUGCCAGAGAAGGUCGACGAUGAACAGCGAGUUGCGACUACGGCACAGCCAUCCGACAGUGAAGAGCUCGAUAUUGCAAGUGAUCACAUCCCCGGACACGAAGUACCGCAUAAGAAGGAGGAAACUACUACCGUGGAUGCCACCUUUGAUGCUGCUGCGGUGACUACAACACGACCGGACGCACUAUCGCAUGUGACUGAGGCAGUACAAGACGAAACGUCCACGGAGACUCAUGACGAUGCCGAAGUUCCGAGUGACAUUUCUGGAACGACCAUUGCACCCACUAAGAUUGCACCGGAGGCGCCAGAAGCUGAUCAGGUAUCAGCUGAGGAGGAUGAUGAGGAGGCAACUAGCACGCCCAAACCAGCGCUUGAUGUGAUUGCAGCGUCAAACGAACCGACGACAGCUCGGAAUGACGAGGAUAUUACCGAAUCUGUGAUGACGACGCCAGUUCCACCACAGUUUGUACCACUAGCGGAUGCGGACGAAAAGGAGAAUGAGAUCCAUGAACAUCACGACGAAGCAACGGAGACAAAUGUGGUGCAACAUCAGCCAGAACACGAUGAUGCUGUAUCGUCGGAUGAACGCGAAGAACAGAAGGAAGACGAUAGUCAAGAGAAGCAAGAAGAAACCGAAGAAUUCAGCACCACGACAACUCGUCCGGAACGUGAUGAACUAUCUACUGAGCCGGAAACACACGCGCACGUGCCAUCGAGCGAAGCCGUGAAACCAGAGCAAGACAAACCAGAGGUUAGCACCGAGAAGAAGGAAGCUGCCCAGAAGGCCGAUGAUCAGCCGGAGCAAGACUUCGUAGAGUUGCCACCAGCAGUUGUAGUAACCGAGCUGCCACCAAUACCAACCACCUCAGAUGAACCGUUGGCGAUCGAACAGACACCGGAACCGCCCAAGGAUGAGAUUUUGCCCAACAUGCCAUUAGAGGCAGACUCGCACGUAUUGUCCGACUCGAUGACGACCGAGCAUGCACCUACGUUUGGUGACCGUAAGGAGGACGAUGCACAGGAGCAGGAACAGACUCAUAUACAGCCUGGCGCGGACAUGGAAGAGCCGGUUGAAAUGAACACAAUCAUUCCACUGGAGCAGGACGAACAAAAGGUUGGGCAGCCAACGAACGAAGAGAAUGAACUAGGCUACGAUAAGGAACAGGAUCAUGAGGUUGAGCACGACCAACAUAGCGAGGAAGAUGAUCAAAGUGGCGAAGAACAGGAGCAUGUGACACCUGCUCAAGCUGAAGUACAAACGCACGCAACCCCAGUCGAGGAUAAGCCUGAAGAGGACCAGCAUGUGAUUAGUCCCGACAAGCUUUUCCCGGAAUCGAUUCCAGGCGAAGGUGAUUGUCUAAUAGACGGUGUCACAUACGAGAAUGGUGCUAGCGUACCACCGAGUGGUAAAUGUCAGGUGGCGUGCCACUGCUCCAACAGUAUCGUGCACUGCGAAAUGGUACGUUGCAAGGCGGCUCCGAGGGAUGAUUGUACGCCGAAAUCGACACUGUCCGGUGAGUGCUGUCCCACGUACGUCUGCCCGAAGGAAACUACCUCCACGGCAAGUUCCGUAUCAGUGGAAUCGACUGAAGCUUCGACGGAAAGCGAUGCCGAAAGUGACGAGGAGCAACUGUCCGCUGAUGUAAGUGCGGAAUCGUCCGAAUCAUCGACAAAGGCACCUGUUUCCGAUUCACAGUUCACCUCCACAGACGAGGAGGAUGAUGAGUCCAGUCAACCAUCGGAGGCGGAAAGUGAUAGCGCUGGAUUCGAUUUGGAUGAUGAGGUGUUUAAACCAUUGCGUCCGAACGAACCUUUCCUGAAUAUGAAUAUUAACUAUUUUGCUGGUAAUCGUCCAACGACGGCGAACUAUGAUGAUAACAUUAUCUUGAGCACGGCUGCGCCAACCAACUUACCUCCGCUGGUCGACACCGUGAGUGAGACCGUUACAAAACACUCAACAGGAUUGCAUAAGCAAGGACAGCAUAUUCCGACCGAUACCACUCCAUCAGCUGAUGUGUCCACCACCGAGCAGAAGGAAGAAUCGACCACGUUGGGUGAUUUUGCCGAACGCGGCCCAGAAGCAGAGCAAGAUGAGCAGGAAGUAACGCACGUGCAGGACGAAGAAACGCAUUCAACAACGACAAAAACAUUAACAGUGGAAAGUGAAACCACAGCUGUGCCGAUCAAAGAAAAGGUCGAGAGCAGCUCGGUGCAGCAUGAAGUUGUCCAAGUCGAAGUUACUACUAGCGGUGUGGUAAUGGACAAUGAACAAGGCAUUACUACAUCUCCUGCUGCUGACGAAGCGGAAGACGACAGCAACCAGCAACACGAAAUCCAUGCAGAUGACGAACAGGAAAGUGUUCGCGAACCGGAACACGAUUCAACAACGACUCACCCAGCAAUAGCAGGAGAGGUCGACCGAGAUGAUGAACAAGAGCGUCCAAUGCAAACGACGAUUCGCCCUGUAGAGCCAGCGGUAGAAGACGCAACGGAACAUAAACCAACAGAGCAAUAUAUCAACGAUAUAGAGAGUGACGACAGUUCUAGCACAGUUGAAGAUGACGAUAAACCAUCGGCAGUCGCGGACGGUGAAGACAUUCGUGCGCCGGAAGCAACUACAACUCGAGCCUCUGACAUUGAUACGGAACGGGAAACAAUGACCGAAACCCAACUCAAAGCGGUCGAAUCGACGAGUGUUCCAACCAUCAGUACAGACCGAGAGGAAGAUCUCGUGCAGCAAGCAACAACAACGCCAACUGCAGCCCUGGACAAUGAGCUCGAAAGUGGUGAAAGUGCUAGCGAAGAGCAAAAGGACGAAAUUGAGAAUGUAGAGCCUACUGCACCGAGCACUUCAAAAUCAGUGAUAGAUGUUGAACAAACGACACCUUCUGUGCAAGAAGCGGGACCAAAACUAACCACAAUUGCAGAUGAAGAACAAACCUCUACCACUGCUCCAGCUCUCGUUACUGAGAAGGAAUCGGACGUCCCUGUUUCGGUAACUGUACAGAAAGCUACGGAUGAAGAUCGUGAAGAUAUCCGCAAAACGACAGAAGCGACUGUUACGCAGAAGACAACUGUACAAUCUGCCAGUGAUGAUUCACUCAUCUUCCGCGUUGAUGAUGAUGAAGAUGAACCGAUCGUAAAACCGACGCUAGACGAAAAGAUUCCACCUCAGGGUGCAGUCAAACCGACGAUUGACGACAUCAAACCUACUCAGGAUGCAGUGAAACCUCAAACAGCAGACAGGGAGGAAACAGACGAUGACAACCUUAUCAGUCCAGAACAGGAUGGUGGAUUCAAUUUCCCGCAGGACGACGACGAUGAGCCGGAAGAGCCUAUCUUCAAGCCAUCGCUGGAUGACUCGGAACAGCACGUAGCAAUGCCAUUACCAGUGGAAAUUCCUCAGGAAACGGUACCACUUGAACCUGUGGAUCAAAUUAAGGAACACGACGAUAUUGGACAGAGUACCACUAUGCACAGUGAUCAUGUAACAGUUACGCCAACCACCGUUGCACCAUUGAAGCCGGAACAGGAUCGUGAACAGAUCACGCACGAUGAUUCAGAGGAAAGUAACGAAAUCGUAGCGGAUGUUCAUCAGAUCGCUACACCGAUUAAAAAGCCAGACGAGACACCAGUGUACGACGAUAUUGAAGAAAAUGAACAGCAAACAGUCGCACCCACCAAACAUACACCGGAACUAACAACUGUAGGUCAUAAACAGGACACCAAGCCUCAAUCUACCACAGAGAAGUCUUAUGUUACAACGAAUGCGCCCGAAAAGACUGACGAUGAACAAGAACAACCAACGACGACAACUCGCCCUAGUGAAGCAUUUGACGCGAAACCAGCAAUUGAACCGGAACAGGACGAAAAGGAAGAUGAUGAUACAGUUGAUACACUACCAGAUUUGGAAACCGUACAUCCAACAACGACCCGUGCUGUGGCAGCAGAUAGUGCACAGGAUGAGGAGCAAAAGGUUACUACCGUGUCACCCAUCGCUGCCCACGAUGAACACGAACAGGACAAACCUGAUGAACAAGACCAGGACAAACAGACUACUCCAAGAAUUCCGACGCAUGAUGAAGAACAAUCGGAGGAGGAAGAAGAUAAUGAGCAAAUCCAUCUGGAUGAUAAGGAAGAAGAUGUGCCAGCAGCCACAACACCACGAGUGUCUCAGGAUCUCGACAGCCAGAAUGAAGGCGAAACGGAAAAAGAUCAAGUGUCGCAAUCUGACGAUCAAGUCGAAUCAGACGAAGAUGACGCUACAACGAAAGCUACUGUUUCCUACGAUGAAGUGCAAACCACCACAGCAACUGUGGAUGUUAAACCGACACAAAAGGUAAUAACGGAACAGUCUACCACACUUGCACCUUUGCAGGACGUUGUUAAAGAGGAUGAGAAAACGGAAAAACCAGACUUUGGUGCUAUCGAAAAUGAUGAUGCUGAUACCAGUGACGAGGAUGAGGAUGAGCAAAAGGAAACAGUAACGAAAGUACCAGUGGUUCAAACGGCAGCUGACACAUCGGAAGAAUUGAGCACUUCAGCAGAAUCUGUUACUAAAGAGGAUGACGAUAGUAGUUCUGUUACCGAAGCUACCCAGAAGGAUUCUGAAGAAGACCAAAAGGUGGACGACGAUCAGCAAGAUGACCUGACACAGACGACCUUGGCGCCACAUACGAUUCAAGAUAAGAAACAGCAGCCAGAGCCGGAAUCGGACGUUACCGCCAAACCAGCACCAGGUUCUGAACAACCCGCUCCAUUAGAAGAUGACGUAGAUUUCGAGCAAGAGCAGCAGACGGUUGCCAGUCCGACCACAGCGCAAGCUACAGAAGAGAAAGACAAACAGACGACCACAAGUUUGCCGUUGGACGAAGAUAAGCUUCCAGAGUCGUUAAGCACGGAAGCGGAGAAAAUGGGUGUAUCGACCGAGCAAGAGGUCCAGGUUACUACGGUUCGAGCUACUGAAUUCGAUUUUAAUGCUGUCGACAAACAUCAGGAACAUCCGCUAGCAGAGCCUGAGUUCGAUGAUGAUGAUGAUCGAGACGCGGUUGCACACUCAACCACAUUCGCUACGCCCGAACAGCCAAAUGCAACAUAUGAUGCGCCAGAUAAGAAGCCUGCAGAGACGGAAUCUGACGAGAGCGUGUCUACAGAUGAAACAUCGAAUGCACCAUUCGAUGAAUCGGGAAGACCCGAGGCUGACUCACAGGAUGAGAACGUUCCAUCGGUUGUGUCGGUAACUGCUAGAGGGCCCGUCGAUGACGAUGAUUCCCAGGAGGAGGAUGACGAUGGCCCAAUAACGACCGUAACACCGAAACCAGUCCGCGAGGAGGAAAGUUCGACGUCAACUACGGUCGCUGCACCACAGGAACCUGAACAUGAUGAAACCAGUGAAGGAUACCGUCCAAUCGAUAAACAAGAGCCGGAACAAACGAGCGAAACCGUAGGUGCCAGUGUACCAGAAAGCGACGAUAAAGUACAAUCACCUGCAGCGACCACGAUCAAGCCAGCUGAUCCGGUGGAGGCUGCAACUACCUCAGAGGAAGAACAGGACGAAGUGGAACAACCACAAACAGACGAUCUGAACGCGGAUGACGACUCAUCAGAGGAGGAAGAUACACCGGUGACAUUGACGACGACAGUUACGCCAGUGAAAGCUGCCACGACAUCGGAUGUAACGAGUACAUCGCCGAAAGAUAAAACAUCGGAGGAAGUUACUCCUAAAGCUGAGGUGUACACAACGCUGGCGCCGAUGUCGGACUCGCAGGUGACCGAGCAGCAAACCACUGUGCGACAGGAAGAUGAACCAGUAUCAACUGCAGCACCAGUAUCAACUGUAGUACCAGUAUCCACUGUAGCACCAGUAUCAUCUGCAGCCCCAGUACCUUACAGCAACACCACCGCCAUCACUCAACCAGCGGAAGAUGCUAGUCAACCAACUAGUACCACCGUUUUGAAUCAGGAUGAGGAAAAGGAACACACUCUUGCACCGGAGGUUUCGCAGGAUGAAGUAACUGAGGUGACAAGUGCGUCCCCGGCAAUUACCACAUCUCAGCCGUCAGAUUCCAAGGCAGAAGAGCCUGUACGUGAGGUAUCGACAUCAACCCCAGCUCAGGAUGAUAUUUCGCAAUCCACGGUUGCUCCAGUCUUCGGACAGGACGAUAAGCUGGACGAUAGGCUGGACGAGAAGGUGGACGAGAAGCCAGUAGCACCUGUGCAGGACGAAGAACUCCCACAGAAACCACAGCAGCCAGCAGCCGAUGACAGUGACGAGCAGCAAGCUGCCGUUAAGCCAACCUUCUCCGACGAUGAAGAGGACGACCAGCAAAAGGUACAGGAACCAGAGUUUACGGGACUGCCUGAUGAUAGUAGCGCCCCAGCGAAACCCACCCAACAACCGGAAACUGUCGGACCAUCGUAUGGAGCACCGGGCCAGCACUACGACACCGGCUACGGCCAUAUGCCACCACACUACCCACCGUCCUCCUACGAGGAUGACUACGGCGAAGAGGAAGAUCCGGCCGCAUUUGGUCCCGGCACUUGCCGCUACGGUGGCAAGCUGUACGUUUCCGCCCAACAGAUACCGCGCGACGAUCCGUGCGAUUUCUGCUUCUGCUUCCGCAGUGAUAUUAUCUGCCUCCAACAGUCUUGCCCACCGCCAAUUAGCGGCUGCAACGAAGAGCCGAUAGCCGGUUUCUGCUGUCCGCGGUACGAAUGUCCAGUUUCGAUGGCAACCGUUUUAAACGUGACGACCAGCACGACCACCACAACGACCACGCUGCCGCCACACUUCCUGUCGCACGCCUACAAGGGACAUGUGCAAAAGCGCGGCUGCCAGAUUCAGGGCAAGCCGUACAACGUCGGUGAAACGGUUGCGUCCGCUUCCGGCCCUUGCAUGAGAUGCACGUGUGGCGGAGACGGUCAGAUGCAGUGUGAACCGAAGGCCUGCAGUCCUGAGCCGAUGCUGCAACAGAUGAUUGCCGUGGCAGCGGCCAGAAGAAGAUGAGCGGAUACGUCGGAGAACUGGGACCGGGUUAGAGCUGAAACAGUACGCCCGUCGCUACACGUCCGUCGCCAGCAAAACGAAUGGGUAGACACGAAGGUCGGUAGACAGUAUGGCGACGACGUCGACAACAGCGAUCGGGAUGCACGAUAUUAGAACUAAGUAAGCUUAAGUACGGACUGAGGGUGACUCAACGGACGACAAUGUACGCUAGCGAUAGAAGGACACGAAGAUGUUGAUAGAUUAGCACGGCUAAAGGAAGAAAAACGCUCAGAAACACACACACACAUAUACAUACACUCACACCAGAUCGACACAAACCGAUACCGGUAUAGCGCCAUACACUUUUAGGCGAUCAGUAUGUACAUCCAUCGCUUCCGUUUCCGAUGUGGUUAAUGUUUUAGUUUUUUUUAAACACAUUUUUAAAGUUCUAAAGUGCUUUCAAGUUUUCGUUUGUUUUUUUAAACAAAACAUGAAUUACUAUCUCUUGAUUGCACCUGUCUAGGCAUUGUAUGUGUUCAACAGCAAACAGUGCAGAACAAUAGAGACUUAGGCAAGUUGUUCUUGUUUCGAUAAUCAUCAUCAUUAACCAUCAGCGACUAUACGACUCUCCGCUUAUGUUUGACAACGGUUGUUAAGGACUCGCUGUACAAGGGCCCGCAUAGCGGGCAUUCUUUCAUGCACAGAGUCUACCUUUAUCUGCCGAUUGUAUCUGCUUGCCGCACACUUGUCAAAAACAAAAGGACUCUCACUGAGGAGGUACCUCUGUAUGAGGUACUGUCCUGGAUGAAAGCGUCAAUUAGCCAAGUUUAAACCCUUCCCCUGCCAGCAUGUGUGACGGCUCGUAGGCGAUUGACAGAGUGUGUCUCAAAAAGCUCGAAUGUUACCAGAAGUGCAAACGUCGAACAUCAGACUGCUCCAUCCCCAGGCACUACACACAGGCAGAGAAUCACGGUAUAGUUGCAUACCCCUGCGCAUAAUUUCUUGCUCCCCUGAUUAAUGUGCUCAGCCGCCCGAUGAUUGACCGGUCGGAGCAGGUGCCGACAACCAGAUGGUAUAUGCACUCCCUCGGCUGUCGGCCUACUUUUCGAACUGAAGACUAUCGACUGGUAAACCGCUAGAGUGUACGGCACACAGUCGAUAGUAGUCAGGUGGACUUAUUGCUUCCGACGUCAACCCCGUUUCGAAAAGGCUCAUACGAUCGCUUGAACUUUUGGCAAAUGCUGAACGCAUUAGUUUUUUUUCUCUUCUGUUUGUUGUUUCUAACUUAGAGGACACUGAGAGGAUGUCCGUAUCGCGCACGCUUGUUCGAAAUUGGUCAGCGUAGUCCUUUAACUAGUGUUCUGUAGUAUCCGCUAUAAAACUUGUUGUUUGCUAUAAGUCUUAUUGGUAGAUGCUAUAAAAGAGACGUUAAAGGUGACGAUCGGAUACGCGAACGUAAUUUACACAUCCCCCGGCGGGCAUCGUGGAAUUUCGUUUCGAAUCAAUUU